UAUGUUUCAAUGUUUUUAUUUUAUUUUUUUCUUCAUUUUCUAAAACAAUAAUUCAAAAGGCUCAAAGGAAAAUAAUUUGUAAAAAAGAGGCCUAUUAUACAGAAUCAGCAUUUCAUAUACAGUGUGUAGGCUACAAGAUUUUUAUAUGGGGUUUUUUUCCGCCCACACUCUUCAGCAGAUGCUAAAUCCCACAACCCUCCCUACAGGUAGCUCUGCCUACUUAUCUGUUUCUAUCACGCAUGUUUUCCAGUCUUCUUCUGGCCUCAGCAGCCUGUUUCUGUGGGGAAGUAACUGGAUUUAUCUAUAAAAAUUAACUGGAUAUCUGGUCAGAUUGGAUCUGAUCCUCACUCAAGACCAGAAAAAUGUGUUCCAGAAAAACCCAGGUCAUCAUGUCCCUGCUGUGUCUCACUGCCAUCGGGGUGUUUUCUAGAUCUUCAUGGAUUUUAUCAGUGUACCGUGAUUCCUUCCCCCCUCGCAACUCAAGUCUUUGUGCAUGUGACAAAUGUUUAAUGGAGUAUGAUCCGUGGUUUAGUGAGCUCAUGGGUGCAUCUCCUGAGCCCUUUUUAUCACCGAGAAACAACAUCACAGAGGAGACCUUUAAAUGGUGGAAGCGCAUACAGUAUGAAAGACGCAGCUUCAGUUUCUACAAUGCAACAGUGGAGAAGGUGUUCCAGAUGUUCCCACACAGUCUUAAUCUGACAGAGUCCAACCCCGACCGCUGCAGGACUUGUGCUGUGGUGGGGAACUCUGGGAAUCUGAAUGGAUCCCGCUAUGGACCUCUCAUAGAUUUCCACGAUGUCGUCAUAAGGAUCAACCGUGGCCGUGUCAAAGGCUAUGAAAAAGAUGUUGGGACCAGAACAACACAUCGUGUGAUGUAUCCAAACAGUGCUACUAAUUUGGACAACACCACCUAUCUUUUGCUGUUUCCAUUCAAGAUAAAUGACUUACAGUGGCUCCUCAAGUCCUUCGCUCCAAGAGAAAAAAAAGCUGCAGACUCAGGAUUCAUAGCCAACAAGGAUUUGGUGGUGAUCCUCAGUCCAGCGUUCAUGAAAUACGUUCAUUAUGUUUGGCUCAAAAGGAAGGGCAGUUAUCCAUCCACUGGCUUCAUGACUUUGAUUCUCAGCAUGCACAUGUGUGAUGAGAUCAGCGUGUUUGGGUUUGGAGCAGACAGAUAUGGAAACUGGAACCAUUACUAUGAAAUAUUGAAAAACAUGAGGAAAAACUGGAAAACUGGAAAUCAUAAUGGAAAUCACGAGUAUAAAAUCAUUAGUAAACUAUAUCAGCAACAGAAAAUUACUUUUUUCAAAGGAUGGUAAUCUUUGUUUCUCUCUCUAUUGUGACCAUGUUUGUCCAAAAAAUGCGACAAAAUAUUCUCACAUGUAAAUUAAAUACCCCCAAAUAUUCUUGUUAGAAUCUAUUCACAGCGCCCAUCCAAGACUCAUUAUACUAUCAUCGUCUUUUCAUUUAAAAAAAUACAGUAAAUGCAAAAUGAAAUGUUCUUUUUGAUUGGUUUAUUGAUUGAUUGCUGUUUUUUUUCCGUAAUUGAUUCUCUAGGUUGUAAAUGUUGAGGUCCAUUUGCUUCUAUUCGACCUCCUCACCUUCAUUGAGUCUCAGAGUUGUGGCUAUAAUAUAUAAUGUUAGUAAAAAAUAUAAUAAUAAUUUGUUAAAGUAAAAGUCUUUUAAGAUACAUAUUGAAAUAUAACUGGGGUUUAAUUAACAAACUAGUCCGACAUAUACAUACUCAGACAUGCUGACCACUCUCCUUUGAGUGUGGACUUGUAUGGACGUUGACCAUCGCUGUGUUUUUCUUGUUUGUCAGUUGUUGUCUUUCAACUUAAAGGGGACAUAUCACACAAAACUCACUCUUUCAGUACUUGUGCUCCCACAUUUGGGUAUUGUAGUCCCUACCAACCCACAAACUGUGAAAUAAGACAACCCAGUUAGUUUAUUGUGGGCUUCCUAGAUCAGAAAACAUGUGAUUCAACAAACCAUUCAGAUUUGGCGCCCCUUCCUAUGUCACAUGCA